GGACACAGCCGGCCAGGAGAGGUUCAGGACCAUCACAACAGCCUACUACAGAGGAGCUAUGGGUAUCAUGCUAGUGUAUGACAUCACUAACGAGAAGUCCUUCGAGAACAUCAAGAACUGGAUCAGGAACAUUGAAGAGCAUGCCUCCUCUGACGUGGAGAGGAUGAUCCUAGGAAACAAGUGUGACAUGAACGACAAAAGACAGGUGUCAAAAGAACGAGGAGAAAAGUUGGCGAUUGAUUAUGGCAUCAAGUUCUUAGAAACGAGCGCCAAAUCCAGCCUGAAUGUGGAAGAGUCCUUUUUCACCCUGGGAAGAGACAUAAUGACGAGACUCAACAGAAAAAUAAACGACAACAGUCCUCCAGGAGCUGGUGGGCCGGUCAAGAUCACAGAGAACCGGUCGAAGAAGAGCAGCUUCUUCAGAUGUUCUCUGUUCUAGUGGAUCCAUCCUCUCCUUUCCAUGGACUGGUACAGCCUUUACCUGCCCUGCUGCUUCCCCCCCAGAGCUGAGCAGAAUACACUCCCAACCCCUCACCAGGCCUGGUACCAGGCUACCUACCUAACACACCCCCUCACCAGGCCUGGUACCAGGCUACAUACCUAGCACUCCUCCAACCCCUCACCAGGCCUGGUACCAGGCUACCUACCUAACACUCCUCCAACCCCUCACCAGGCCUGGUACCAGGCUACCUACCUAACACUCCUCCAACCCCUCACCAGGCCUGGUACCAGGCUACCUACCUAACACUCCUCCAACCCCUCACCAGGCCUGGUACCAGGCUACCUACCUAGCACUCCUCCACACCCAAAACUGGCUCUUGGCCUGGCUAGGCUACUUAUUGCUGCUGAGCUGGCUGGCUACUCUGUAGGCUACAGAGGAGAGCGACUCGCCGUCCCAUUUAAAAAAUGACACGUUAGAGAACCAAAACAAUUCUGAAAAGAACAAGGAAUGCCCCCCAACUGUUGUCCUA